AUGGGUGCAUUUUGGAAUUUUUUGCAAGAAUCAGUUCUGGAGGGGCUCAGUGAUAAAACAGCAACUAAUCAAACGAUCAGUGGAAGUGAUAAAAACAAGCACAAUGAUAUGAUAAGAGUGAGAGGAGAGAAGAGAGUCGUGAAACGUGAGAAAAGAUCCAUGAAAAGUGUGAUGUACAGCAAAGCUGAAGUGAAAAAUGCGUCAGCAUGCAAUCCUGCGAGUGGUGCGGCCAUUGAAACGAUCAAAAAACAUCCAUGGAGUAAGAGAGCAGUAGCGAAAGCGCUGAACGUCGCCACUCGGCACGAGCAGAGCCAGCCGCGCUGUUGGGCGUUGAUCUGA